AUGGCUGAAGAGGUCAACGUGCUGCUAUAUGGGCUUGGGGCGAUUGGAUCCUUCUACGCCUUCAUCCUAGACCGAUCCAAACGAGUGCGGUUGACCGUGGUGGCCCGGUCCAAUUACGAAGCGGUCCAGAAGAAUGGCCUGCACAUCAAGAGCUUGAACCAUGGAGAUCAUGUUGUCCGGCCUGCCAAAGUCGUGAAAACGCCGGCCGAAGCGGGUGAGACUUACGACUAUGUGGUCUGCGCGCACAAAGCUAUCGACAACUCCUCAGUGCCGCAGCAACUCGCUCCCGCCGUCGACAGGAAUAAGACUUGUAUUGUGAUCAUCCAGAACGGCGUGGGAAAUGAGGAUCCGUUUCGGAAAGCAUUCCCCAAGAAUCCGAUUCUGAGUUGCGUGACAUGGGUGGGUGCCAUUCAGAGCGCUCCGGGUGUUGUAAACCACACCACGUCGGAGAACACUCAGAUUGGCAUCUUCCCCGCCGGCGACGCAUUGGAUCCGGCGGUGGAGAAAUCAAGACUCGACGAGUUCUCCUAUUUGCUGCGAGAGGGAGGGACGCCUUUUACCGUCGAGGAUAAUAUUCAGGUGCAACGGUGGGAAAAGGUGGUCUGGAACGUUGCGUGGAACUCCCUGACCACGCUGACCAUGCUUGACACUCAUGCCUGGCUCAAUUCAUCGCCCGAUUCGACGGCAAUGACCCGGAGGCUGAUGCGCGAAGUCAUCGAUGUGGCACAGAAGUGCAACGUGCCCAUCAAGUAUGAGCUCAUUGACCAACUCGUCGACAAGAUCUUGGCUAUGCCACCCAUUGGAAGCAGCAUGCAGACCGACUGUAAGAUGGGCAGACCAAUGGAAGUGGAUGUGAUCUUAGGAACUCCCGUGCGAAAAGGAAGAGAGCUGGGUGUUGACAUCCCAAUACUAGAGGUUCUUCAUACACUGUUGGUCGCCAUCAACACUCGAUUGAAGCCGAGUUGA